AUGGCGCGCCAAAAGCAAAAAGCCCCGUUACAACGCAUUCCAUCAUCCGGAGUGAUGAAUGCGCCUCCAGAUUUCCUGGGACAUAAUAUGCGGCAAACCAAUGGUGUCACAUCAGGCAAAGGCUUUCCCGAAGCCGUCGCAAAGUCGUCAGCGGGGGGCGAACCUGGCCUUCUUCGACUAAUUAUAUGUGUUGGAGGAAUAUAUGCGUCAUUUUUGUCUUGGGGAGUUCUUCAAGAAGCCAUCACUACUACUUCGUACGCCGUUUACGAUCCAAGAGCGGAUGACCCCAACCCGCCAACGGAACGAUGGACGUUUUCAGUCGUCCUGAAUACAAUACAGUCCUUUUUCGCGGCCAUAACAGGCUUCAUGUACCUUUAUUUUUCCACUCCACGGGGCCAAAAAAGUCCGGCGGUCUUCCCAACAACGCGCAUCCUCUUCCCCCUUGUUCUUAUCAGCAUAUCCUCCUCCCUCGCUUCACCCUUCGGCUAUGCCAGCCUUGGACACAUCGAUUACCUCACUUUCGUCCUUGCAAAGUCCUGCAAAUUACUGCCAGUAAUGUUUCUCCAUCUCGCCAUUUUUCGCAAACGCUAUCCCCUAUACAAGUACGGCGUGAUACUUCUCGUUACCAUUGGCGUUGCGACAUUUACCCUCCACCACCCCACCUCCAGCAAGAAAAAAAACAGCCAUAGUAAUAAUGGAAACGGCUCCUCCAUCUACGGUCUCUUCCUCCUAUCCUUAAACCUGCUCCUAGACGGCCUCACAAACACGACUCAGGACCACAUAUUUUCGUCUCCAAAACUAUACUCACGCUUCACCGGCCCGCAGAUGAUGGUGGCGCAAAACUUGCUCUGCACACUCCUGACAACCACCUACCUCCUGGUCACUCCACACGUGUCCACCUCAAUUCUCCGCCUCAUGCCUCUCCCCAUCGACCUAUCGCAGACCUCGGAGCUAGCUUCUGCCCUUGCGUUCCUAUCCCGCCACCCAACCGCAACAAAGGAUAUAAUUGCCUUCGCUGCCUGCGGUGCAAUUGGCCAGUUAUUUAUAUUCCACACUCUGGCGCAUUUCUCUUCCCUGCUGCUUGUCACUGUUACAGUUACGAGGAAGAUGCUUACGAUGCUGUUGAGCGUGAUGUGGUUCGGCCAUCGGCUGAGUGGGGGCCAAUGGAUAGGCGUUGGGCUGGUCUUUGGUGGCAUCGGGGCAGAAGGGGUGGUGCAGAAGAGAGAAAAGGCUAAGAAGCUGGCAGAGAAGGAGGAGAAGAAGAAGCUGGAGAGUAAUAAUGUGAAUAAAGGGGAGAAGCAGCUGUAA